AGCAAGCAGACCAGAAGCUGGCAAAACCUGAUCAGCGUUCCUUUCAAAUUCGAAAUCGGCAUCUCGCUUCUUCGCUUGUACCAGCAACACCACACCGCACCACACCACACCAGGCCAUGGCUAUGGCUCUGGACCCCGAAACCGACCUGUCGUUUCCCUACUGGACCACCGUUCGCCGACGUUUCGGUCCCGACUCUUCUUUCUUUGCCAGCGGAAACCUCGAGAGAGAACUUCUCGCCAAACAGGUUGCCUUGGAUUUAACAGCAGAUGAAAAGCAUCAGCUUCAGAACAUGGUAUACCAGGAUACCAGGUUUUACUUCGCACCUGCUAUUGUUAAACUGUUAUAUCCUUUUUCAGAAAGAUUGGAAAGGAGGAAGAGGAACGGGGUGGAUGACUCCAUCUCCAGGUAUACUACCCCCUCUCAGUUGCUGAGCGAGAAAAUUCCUUUAGGAAGGGCCAAACGAAAUUUUGAUUGAAAAAUAAAAACGUUUUUUCAUU